AUGAAACGAAAUACACUGCUGAUAACGGUUAUCCUUCAUAUUACGGGAGGAUUCAGUAUCACUGCCGGCUACCAUCGCUUAUGGUCCCAUAGGUCCUAUCGCGCGCACCCUGUCCUCCGGUAUUUCCUCGCAGCUCUAGGAGCGGCACAGUGUCAAUGGUCCAUUAUGUGGUGGGUGCAACACCACCGUGCCCACCACCGUUAUACAGACACAGACCAGGAUCCUUACGACGCCCGUUGGGGAUUUUGGUUUUCACAUAUCGGCUGGUUGCUUGCGUUGAAUACAACAAAAUGGGGCAAGGUCGAUGUUUCAGACCUGAAAAGGGACCCGGUGGUCAUCUGGCAGCAGCGUUACUACGUAAUCCUCGCGAUUCUAGGUUGCGAUGUACUUCCGACUGCAAUCGCGUAUUUAGGCUGGGAUGACUGGAAGGCCGGUUUCUUAUAG